AUUUAUAAGCAAACGUUGGUUUCCUGUCUUGGAUUGUGUAACAACCUACUCACCAGUGAACUAGGUUUACGGUUCCCAGCAACACAAUGACCUUUAAAUUGCGAAGCUUGUUAUGUCAGAGGCACAUGAUACUCUCUAAAACAAUGAAGUGCAGAAUACUUGUAUUUCAUAAUUCUUGCUCAUCUAAAACAAAUGUGGAUACUGAGACUUCAAAGUUAAAAACAUCUCAACCAGGACUCCUAGAAACAUGGUUUCAUGGUGUUGAAAGAUUCGGCAGAUUAAAUAUAUCGGUACCAUUCAGCUUAGAUAUUGAAUCGUUAGAUCCUCAGGAAUAUUCAGACAUGGGGAAAUUGUUCAUUAGACUUAAUUAUACCCCAGAAGAGAAGGAAUCUAAAACAGAACCUAUCAAUAACAUUUCACUUGCUGCUCUUACAAAGUUGUACAGUUUUAACAUUGAUACAUCAGAUAAAAAUGACAUUAAAAUAACUGCCAAAUUCAAUACAAUGGUGAAUUUUCCAGCUACUUGUUCUAUACAGAUGCCAAUUAAUUAUGAUCUUAAUGUUGAAUGUACCGGGAAAUCAGUGUCUGUUCGAAAUUUGGAAACUAAUGAAAUCAACAUUGCAACGAAGAAAUCAUUAUGUACAUUACGUAAUCUGAAGGGUGAAAAUGUGACAGUAAAGAGUAAUGUUGGUGAUAUUGUUUGUCAGAAGGUUGUACAGGGUAAUCUGGACAUGGCUGUUACAGGGGCAGGAAGUAUUUCAACAGACCGAAUACAAGGACAGACUAUAAAAUGUAGUGUUGAGGAAGGAAAUAUAAGUGCAACUUCUGUUUAUAGUACUGAUUCUGAGUUUACAUGUAACCAUGGUAACAUUAAUCUUAUGAAUACUCAUGGUGUAUCAAAGACAACUGUAAAUGAAGGAAAUCUUAUUAUAGAUUCACUUGAUGGUAGUUUAGAGGCUAAAGUAAACAAUGGAUCAACAGACAUAUUUAUUUCUAGACCAGAUGUUAUAACCAUAGAAACAAAAACAGGUGAUAUCAAUAUUAAAAUUCCUGAAACUUCUACCUCGCUUGAUUUAGAAGGGAACAGUGUAACUUGUGAUGAAAAACUUGAUAUCAUGGAGAAGAAGACAGAAUCUCUAAAGAAUAAAGAAAAACUUUCAGGCUAUCUGUCUGGCACAGAUGGACAAAUCAAAGCAAUCACUAAAGAUGGAAGUAUAAAUGUGAAAUGUUUGGAUUGGAUGGAAUCUCUCAAACUCAAAGGAUUUUCUGCAGACUGAAACAAUUGUGUAGACUGUUGACUGUCCAAUUUCAUUUAAUAAUACUUUAAAAGUGAAGGAAUAAAACAUUCAGUACACAAGA